GCGGGUUAUGAGUGAGCGGUUUAGGGCGACACGCCGCCUAAAGUUUGAGCUACUAGCUUGUGUGAGCAGGAACGACAGACCUUCCUUACUUAAUAAUGUCGGACAGCACUCGAAGUUUUCACGAAAGCUCUUAUGAUAUCAGUCCGUGUGACUCGACACAGACUAUUUCAAUUGCAGAUCAGCUAAGAGCAGUAAAGGACGGAGAAAUCUGUGUGGUAGACUAUAGGAAUUGCAGCGUCCUGCAAUGCAUGACAUGCAACACAGUGCUUGGAGACUCUCUCGGCAUCUGUGGGGAAGUCCAGAGCCUUCAGAGUAUUAUUUGUCUGAAAGUUACUGAGGAUGUGAGGGUGAAUAAAAAGCUGGAGAUGAGUUUGACUGGUCAUCUGGCCUUCUCCACCUACCAAGUCCUUAACUGUGCUGGUUGCCAGGGUGCUGUUGGCCUGGUUCUUCACUCAACCCCAGAACACCUGUCUGCUUUAAGAAAUCUCUUCUGUUUACAAAAAGAUAUGAUAAACUGCUACAUCCUAAGAAGUGACAAAUGUGUCAAAGCCUCCAAAGUCAACUUCAAAUACAGACUCAUGGACAAAGAUAUUAAAGAGCUGAAGCAAGAUUUAGAAGCUCAGCUGAAGCAGGUGAAGAUUCUGGAGGGAAUGAUGAAAACCUUGUGCACACACAGUGUAAGCUAAAGAAAGGCCAGGCAUGGAAUAUGUACAGUUGUUUUGUUGUAACUGUUCAAAUAAAGUGUAUAUAUUUUUUGUAUUA